UGUUUCUAGUUUUCUUGAGCGGGGAGGUACAUUGAAGUUUAGUUGUUUAUAUUUUGCUGAAUAGAUUGGGUUAUGGUAAAAAUGACGAGUCAUGAGGAAUUAAUUGCCCAAUUUUCGGAUGUGACUGGUGUAGAAGCUGAACGAGCUCAAUUUUACUUAGAAUCUUCUGCAUGGCAUCUUGAUGUUGCCCUUGCAAGUUUUUACGAAACUGAUGAACAAGGUGCAACAGCAAGUGGAGUAACUGAAGAUAUUAUUUCAACUGAAGAUACACAGGAAUCGAGCAGCAGUGAACAGCAGUCGAAAGAAGUUAAUCAGGCGAAGCAUAGUACUACAACUAAACAGAAGAUUGCAACUCUUAAAGAUUUACAGAAAAAUCACAAUAGUUCUGAUGAAGAAGAAGGCCAAGCUUUUUAUGCUGGUGGUUCCGAAAAUAGCGGACAGCAAGUUUAUGGACCAGGAAAAAAAGAUCUCAUAUCAGAAAUGUUUAAAUCGUGUAAAGAACAAUCACUUUCUAUAGAAAGCAAAUCAAGAAAAGAUAAGAGUGGAAAUUCUUUUAGUGGCACUGGAUAUAAGUUAGGUCAAGCAAGUAAUGAUGUUGAAGUUGUUGCUGCACCAUCUUCGGCUCAAGAAGCAGAUUGUACUCUUAUUACAUUAAAACUUUGGCGUAAUGGAUUUACCAUUAAUGAAAGAGGUCUUAGAUCAUACAAUGACCCAAAAAACACAGAAUUUCUAAAUGCUAUAAAGCGUGGAGAAGUGCCUCUGGAAAUUCAACAAGAAAUUCAUGCAGGGGAAGUCCGCCUUGACAUGGAAGAUCAUCGCAACGAAGAUUACACUCCACCAAAAAUUCAGCUGAACGUCUUUUCUGGGAAAGGAUAUACCUUAGGAAGUCCAUCUCCUGCUACGGUCAGCUUGCCUGUAGCAACAAAUAUAGUAAAUGCAGAUGCCUUAGAAAGUCAAGCGAGGACUGAUUUAAAUUUUGAUGCCAGUAAUCCAUCGACAACUAUACAAAUCCGUUUUGCUGAUGGCAGUCACAUAAGAGAAAACUUUAACUUAUCUCACACUAUUGGUGAUCUUCGGCGAUUUAUAACAACUUUAAGACCUCAAUAUGCAUCAAUGAACUUCAGUAUCCUCACUGCUUAUCCUACGAAGGAAUUAAAUGAAGAAAGUGUUACCGUCGCCGAAGCUAAUUUACAUAAUUCAACUGUUAUUCAACGACUAAAGUAAUUAAUUAUGGAAUAUUCUAUUUAUUCAAUUUAAAAAAUUUUGUUACACGAAAUUAAUUUACCCUUUGGCUAUUUUUAAUUAUAUUUUACGUUUAUAAUUAAUUCAUCUAGAAAUAAAAAUAUAGAAAAAAGUUUUUUGAAUAAACAAAUCAUACAAUUUU